GUUUCUUCGAUGACUCUCAAUACGUCUGUAACCCUCAACUUCAGCUAUGGCAGCAACAUAUGGAGAGAUCAAAUGGAACGGCGAUGCCCAGAAUCAGAAUUUGUGGGUGUCGGAAUCUUGAGGAACUGGCGAUGGUUCAUCAACGAAAGAGGUGUAGCAAAUUUGGUUCGUUCAGAAGAACACCGAGGCGAUCUGGUCUACGGAUUCAUCUACCGACUCAAUGCCCGUGAUGAAGCCACCCUCGAUCGCUAUGAAGGUUCUCCAGAAAUCUAUCAAAAAGUUCACGGAGUACCUGUCGAAGUGGUUGUUCGUAGCCAGGUCGACGUUGCAAGAAUCGGCGACACAAUAAAUACCCUGAUAUACAUAGAUCAGAAUCAUGUUACAGAUGGAAAGAUCAGGCAAGAAUAUAUUCCUCGAAUGCACCGAGUGAUGGAGGAUGGAAUCCGAGAGGGAAUACCUCCUGCGUACUUUGACAAAUAUUUCAAGCCUUUCGUGCCAUUGUUGUAA